AUGGACCCACCGGCUACAUAUUACGGUCAGCUCGAUAACAGAAAUCCAGUUAUUAUAGCUUUCAAACGAGACAUGAAGUCAUUUUUAAAACAAAUACAAGCGGCAGACAACAGCUCCCAAGCUAAAGGGAUUAACAUUCUCGUGGAGAUAUGGAAAAAGUACAAACAUCGCCUGCCGGACAAGUUGUACCAGGAGCACAUGCUGCAGACUGCAGAUUUUUUGUAUGAAAUGAAGCUCUACAAUAUGGCCUGGUGGUAUGGCUACGGUCUCUGUUUGCUCCAAUUCAGCUCAGUGAAAGUGACUGAGAUCACAGAUGUGGACCACUUCAUCUGUUGCUUUUUCCCUGAAGGUCUGGACCCAGAACAGGACACCUGUGUGAUGAAGAUGCGUGCGAUGCUCGGCUGUUCUCUGUGUAUCUUUGAGGAGGGAAAAAAGUGCAGCUCCCUUAGUGCAACAGGCCUCCGUGUUCUGCUGCGUGUGCUUAACUUCAUCAGGAUCAUGGUGCAGACAUGUCAACAACAUGAACGCCUCUCCUGGAUGACAUAUAAUGGUUCAAUACACAUUUACAAUAUCUGCCAGUACUUGAUGACUGUGAAGUGCAGUGAGCAGGCGCUGGAGUACCUUCUAUGGGCGAGCAACAGUUUAAAUUUGUCCAUUCCUUUGAUGACGGCCAAAUAUCUGACGCUGAUGGUCACACUUUACUGUGCAGUCUGUUACUGUUACCAUGACAUCCAGGCUGAAGUGCAGGCGGAGGAAUUUGCUAAGAGUGCCCUCUGUAAAAUAAAUGAACUAGAGAUGCUGGAGGAGACAAGUGAAGCUGCUGCCAACAGAGAAACUCAGAGAGUUUACAGAGAAGCAUCUAUAAAGCUUGGUGCCUUGAUGUUCAAGCGAGCAGUGUUUGACAACAAAAGGAGACCCAAAAUCACGCUAAGACACAAAUAUAAAACCACACUCAAAGACAUCCCCAGAGGUUCAUGGCCUUGUACGCCAACAGAGAGCAUGCUAAUGGACCAGUUUGACUGCAGAGCAGGCCAGUUUUGGGGCAUUUUGGAGGCGCUUUGGGACAGUCACACACGGCCCCUGCAGAUGAAAACGCCAGAUGAUGCAGAACGACAUGAAGUAGUUCUGGAGCUCCUGUCUGCUGGCAUGAGUAUACUAUCUGGGGUCACAAGUACCGGUGAGCAAAGAUGUGAUGACUGUCCAAGUCUGUCUGCCGACAUACUGACACCAGUAUGGACUCCAGUGGAUUUAAUGACUACAGGAGAUGAUAAAAUACCCGUCAUGUCUGCAGUGAGGUUCAUCAAAUUGUUGCUUCAGUACAAACAGUCCGAGGCAUUCACAGAACUUUCCAAAGAGAUGCUGAACUUUCUGUCUGGUGUGGAAGGUCAGCUUUUCAGAAAGGCAGAACGGGAGCUCAUCUUACUGCUCAGUUUCAACAAUCUGCUGUUUUCUCAGGGAAGUAUUCCCAAAAAGAGCAGCAAAAAAGAUGACAAACACAAAUCUUUUUUGCUGAGCUGUGAACUCACUGAGUUGAUGGACUCCUUGCACACAUCAGUUUGUGGCUCUGAUCCUGAGCUGCAGCCAGAUGGAGACCUGGUUUUGGAUGCUCUGUUAUUUGUGUGGGAAAAGCUGAAGGUGUUCAUGCAGAAUGAACAAAUGGAUGCUUCAGAGUUUACACAGAUAGAUAAUCCCCAACAGUGGGUUUGGUAUCUGUCUGUGCUGUGUGAGGUCGCCUUCGCCUGUGAGCUGCCAACUGUUGACUGCAUGUUGAUGGCUGAGAUGAUCUGGACAUUGGAAGAACAACUGGAGAUCAAUCAAGACCAAGAGUCAGCUUAUGAAGGAGCUGAAUAUGAGCAACUGAGCUCCUCAUCUACUUUUAAGAAGUCUAAUACAGAGCUGCUGAAGAAAGUGAGUGAGGUGGUGAUGAAGGGUCUUGAAGCUUUGGCACGGGCUGCAUCAACAUUAUUUCCAGUGGACAGCUCAGCAGUGACGGAUUCUGCCUUCAUGCAAAAGUUUACAUCUGUCAAUCCAUUGACUACAUCCUCAUCGUUGCCAAAAGAGGAAACUGGAGCAGGUGAAAUCAGUGAGAAGAAUGAAUCAACGAAAGCCGAGGGAGAAUCAUAUUUUAAAGACUACGAGCGCACACAGUCCUUGAAUGUGUUUCUGUUGACCGGAGACCUUCAUCUGAAACUUGACAUCAUCCAUCACAAGGUUUCCCUCAAGUUACUGCAGUGGAAUGAAGUUGCAGAAUCUGAACUGCUGGAUCGGAUCAAGAAGAACAAGGUGUCCAAAGCUCAUUUCCUGAUCCAGAAAGCCUGGCUGACGCAUAGCAGUGAAGAGCCACAUGGAAGGAGCAAAACCAGUGGAUUUUUGGAGGAAGCUUCCAUCCUCAUAGAAAAAGCAGCAAUGGAGGAGAGGAAAUUGUUUAUGACCACUCUUAAGGCUCAUAAAAAAGAUGGAGCAGAGUCAGAGAAAUAUGAAAACCCUCCUCCACCUCCCAUUCUGAUCUCUCGGACUGACCACUCCCUAACCUUUGCUCCAGCUCCAUAUAACUUAGAGGGGCAGGUGAGCUGGUAUCAGCUUUGUGCGCGAGCAGCUGAUGGCGUUAACUUGAAGGUUCGCCUUGGCGACUGCAGCAUUCCAGGAACUGGGACCAUGGUACCAGUUGUUUCAGGUGAGUGUGUCCUGAAGGUGGAGGGUCUACAGCCCAACCAGAAGUAUGUGUUUGCUGUGGCAGCCUACAACCACCAGGCCAAGCUUCUGGGCAACGCUAUAGGAGGGACAACCUUACCAGUGCUGGCGUCCAUGCCCGUCCCACUGCUUUCAACGUGGGGUCACUUGGCUCAGGUGGCAUUUCAAACAGAGCAGAAUACUAUUGCUAAAAAUGCCUGCAGGAAACUGUGGAGCCAUUUUACUGACUCAAACUCAACAUCCAACAGCUCACAGGAGAGAUUUGCUGCAACAGGGCUGCACGUACCAACCGUACAACACGCCUCUCCUCAUCUGUGUCAGGUGUUCGUGACCUCCAUUUUUAUUGAGACAGCGAUUAAUGUUCAACAGGAAUCACUCCACUCAAUCGACAGCGGGAAAUUUACAUGGAAGCAGGAAGCCAGACUGGCAGAGUGUGAGCGAAUGUUGGUGGCCAUAGAUUUGACGAUGCGUUUAAACAAUGGUAGGACGGCUGUGCAGGCUGUAGUCACCUGCUAUAGGCUGCUGGCUCCUUUCAUCUUCGACCAGGUCACCUGUGAUCCUGUGGUGCAAGUGCUGAAAAAAUGUUUGGAAGUGUUGGAGGAGAAUUCAUUUGUUCUGAAACUAAAAUGGACAGAGAACAUGUCAGAGUUAAUCAUGCACAUGGUGGCUUGCAUCACUUACUACCUGUCAAAGGCUCUACGUGUGUUGAAGAAACACAAGAUGGCUGCUGCAGUGAUGGAUUGUGGUCGCAGGCUGCUUCAGGAGCUCCAUGAUGCUCAUCUGGAAAUAUACAGAAUUCCCAACCAAGAUGUGGCUUCUAAAUCAGAGUCUCAUCUCGUAGUCAGCGCUCAAAUGAAAAUAAACCUUCAACUAAUUAAAGAGCUCCACAGGAAGGACGAGUGGAGGACCACAUCUGAACAAACUGCUAACACAGACAAUGAGAUGCUACAGUCUCCCAUGAUCACUGAUGAUGUGACUGAACUUUAUGAUCUGAUCUCCAGCAGCCCGUUACAGGAAGCCUAUCAACUUGUGUGGAAGCUUAGACACAAGACAAAUUUUUUGGAGUUUGCAGCACUGCUUAUGCAGAGGACCAUGGAAGAAGGUCGCCCAGACCUCAUCCUAAACUGGGGGGAGACCAUAUUUCAGUUUCUGUCCAGGCGGGAUGAAAAGUUGGGAUUAUCUACAAAAUAUUUUGAGGGAAACAACAAAAAUAAACAAGAAGAAUGUCCUCCAACUCCAAAGACAAAAGAAACACAGAUCGAGAACGUUCCUUCACUUGAUGAAACGAGACGAAAGCUAAAGCGUAAACUGCCCCGCAGCCUGAUGCAGUGUGUGAGGACCAACAGAGAGAUCUAUAUGGUGGAGAACCUGCUGACCUUGAUGUCCUAUGUGGUGCACCACAACAAGAGGAGGAUUCAGCUGAGGAGCAUGUGCUCUGAGGAGAGAGUGUGGAGAUCUCACAUCAACUACUGUGUGGCUCAUGCACACCUGGUCUUUCUCUAUCAGGACCUGCACCAGAUACCUGGAGGACCUGUGCAUCAAAGAUACAACCAGUUUGACCCCUUCUGGUUUUCUCUGGCCCACUCUGGUGUUCUGAUGAGGAGGAGCCCUCAGCCACAGCCCUCUCAGAAGAUCAGGAAAGCGGUAAGGAAAUCAGUCCGUGCAUAAAUGUUCUAACCAGUUUUUUUUUCUUCCUGUCUUAUGCUUUUUAUCCUAGCAGUCAGAAGUGAUGACUCUGUGACUGAGGAGAAUUAUGAGGACAGAAGCACUUCUCAAUCUGUGGAGGAGCAGGCAGAGACACAGAGACCAGACUCAGCCUUUCUUCUGGACUCCAUUAAAAAGGCUGCUUUAUGUCUCCGCAGAGCCAUGGUGCUGGCCCAUCGUGGAAAAUAUUGGUCAUUGCUGCGGCAUGUGUGUCAGACUGCGUGGGACCAGAGCCACAGAAUCACCACCGUGGUACAUCGAGCUGCUCAGUUUGAAGUUCCUCCUCCUGUUACAACGGACCAACUGAGCACCAUCUUCACUUCUCUUCUGAUGGCGGCUGCUGAUUUCAUCAUGGACAUGCUGAACCAACUAGAGCUUUGGAGUUUAUAUGACUGUGACCAGACUGAGGAGGACCUGGAGUCCAGCCUUCACUUCUCGGCCCCGUUGGAUGACGGCACGCUGGUCGACCUGCGCUGGGUUCGCAUGCUGGUGAUGCACACUCUGGAGCUGCUUCACGACCGUGGCCAAUGGGAACACCUGGCCCACUUUGCAUUACUCUUCAACUCAUAUACACGGGAACGUUAUUCUUUGGUCAUAACUCCUCUGCUGGUCCAUGCACAGAGGAAGUUGCUUGAAAGAAUCAGUUCUUUAGGAGGACCUGCAGUCCCUCAGCCACACCAUGUCAAGACUCAGAGAGACACUGGCAAAGAGGUAAAUUACAGAAGUUAUGCAAGCUGCCAACUGCUCAGUGGGUGGACCACUCACUCGGCACAGAAACGGUCCCUUCAUAAAAAGUUAACACGAACAAACGCCACUCGUGGAGACGAAGCUUCUCUCAAAGAGAGGCAGCUCUCCAUGUUGCUUGUGUGUGUUCCUCUCGAUGUGGACGACACGCUGAGAUGUUACCAUCAAGCCCUGGAGAAAACUCCACAAUGUCUUCAAGUAUUCCAACACAGUCAAAAAUUAUUGGUGCAGCUUCUAGCCCACACACAACCCUGGUUUGCAGUCCAGCUGCUGCGUUCUCAGAGCAGAGGUCUCACUCGUGCAGCGAGCCAGGUGGCCUUCAGUCCUCUUGUUAUGAGAACUCCAAACAGCUUCCCUUAUGAUCUGUAUGAGGAGGACUUUAGUGCUCCAGAUGCGAUCUAUGGCCUCCCUAUCAGCCCUGAAUACAUCCCGACUGUUGCUGCUGCAUUCUCCGAGUCCAUCCAAUGUCUACAGGAGAACAAGCAUGUCUACCUCAGAGUUCUGACUCUGCAUGAAAUGGGAAACUUUCACUUCUACACAGGAAACAUGCGCGCUGCUCACUCGUGCUGGAGUGAAGCUGUGGAUUGUGCCCUCCAGAGCACAGGGGUGUCAGAGAAAUGGGACGGUGUGUCCGACUCUUCACAGAAAACUGUAAAACAGGCCGGUGUUUGGGGAUGCUUACAGGCUGCCGUGCUCUCAGCAAAAAUAGCACAGUUCAUUUUUACUUCUGAUAUUAACCAGAGGACCAAGAAUUGUCUGCUGUCUGCUCACUUGUUCAAGUGUGUGCUGUGUUGCUCCGUGGCUUUGCCGUGGUCCGACCUGCAGUACAUCUCCUACAGCAUCGAGCAUGAACUUCUCCCUGGAGUCGACCUUUUCUCUGAGCCUUGCAGGCUUCAUUUCGGUACCACCGUAACGAGUCUCAGCUUCAUUUGCCACUGGCUCUUCACUACUGGUUACUACACCACGCUUCUGCCCUCUCUAGCUCUUUACUUACAUUUAGUUGGGAAUGUGGGCAGAGAUGUGCAGCGCACCAUUGAAGGCAGAAUUCUUAAGGUCCGAACUCUGACUGAACUGUGUUUGUUCACUGAAGCUGUGACUGAAGCAGUUCAGCUCACUCAGGGAACACGUGUCAUUCUGCCUUAUGGACUCCACAUGGUUAAUACAAAUCCACAGCCUGUGAAGACAUUCUACAACAACCUGUCUCUUCUGGAUAAUUUGGAGGCUCUGGAGGACCUUAUGAACUGUGACUUUGCUCCACAAGUUUAUACAUUGUAUGGUUCCACUCUGCUCACCAAAUUCAACCUUGCUCGUGUUCAACUACUCCUGGCGCUUGCUAACUCGGUCCAUGGUCGUCCUGUUCCAGUUUCUGAAGAAGCUCAUGCCAACAUGACAGACUGUGCAGAUAGUUCAGAACACCACAAGCAGGACAAACUGGACGCUGAAGACUCAGGAAAACCAAACGUCCCCACCUUUUUUAAAGACGAGGAGCUGUCUCCUGAAAAGAUCAAGUUUCUUUUACUGGAAGGAGCGUCCUGCUUGCUGUCCUCUGCUUUGCAGCCGCUCACAUCUGGUUCCUGCAGCGGAGUUGAGAACCUGGAACUGACGGUAGAAUCCCGUCUUCUCAGAGCCAAACUCCACCUGCAGCAAGGAAAUGCUGCUCUGAGCUCCAAGGUCGCAGCGUCCUCGCUGAUGCUUCUGCAGUCGUCACCGGUCCUUAAGAGACAACCUACUGAAAGUCAACAGGGCUCUAAGGCCUGCAGGGAGUCAGGCACCCUGCAGGGAGACUGUCCCAGAGCUGCUGAGGUGGGUGAGAGAAUCGGAGUCUUCCUGUGGCUGUGCUGCCGCCUCACCCUGGUUCAGAGCCUCGUGGCCAACAUCCCUGAAGCUGCAGCUCUUUGUCCAGGUAAGAACAUAAAUGAGGAGACAGCCCGGGUGGUACAGGAAGGUCUGGAUGAAUGUGUGCAUUGGGGAGACUGUGAUAUUCAAGCCCUGCUGAUGUUGGAGGGGGCAGACCUGGAAGCUCAGAGAGGCCGGACAGAAGAUAGUGUGAAGAUGCUGCAGGGAGCAGUGGGGCUCCUGUCAGGACGGACGAUGCCUCCUGGGUCUGUUAUGGCUUUGGCCCGGGCAGCUUUGAUGCUCAGUGACCUGAGAGGAGCACAGAGUGUCACACUGCUCAGACUCACACAGAAACUCCUCAGAAAGCAGCUGGGUGUUUUUGAUCAAACUCUGACUUCUGUUGAUGAAAAGAUGUCUCCUCCUGUAUCCAGAAAUAUCUACCUGCCCUACUUUGACAUGCUGAACAAGAUCAGUUUGCAGAUUGAGGCCACCCUGAAACCUGGGGACAUGGAAGGACCUGGUUCUGAUGGAUCAUCUCAGACCACCUCCAGGAAGAAUCACAUCGAGACGGACCAUCAGAUCACCUGUUUGAAGAGUCCAAGCUCUUCCAUUCCUGAGUGA